AUGGGGAUUCGCCAGCUGAAUUAUGGAAAUGAUCACGUGACUCUGACAGGUGACACAGCAGAGCUCUCUGAAGGCGUGGUCAAGUUUUCGGGAUGGAGGGUGCCGGAGCGCCCAGGCCAGCCCUGCUGCCGCCUCGGCUUCGCCCGCCUUCCGGCUCAGCCCCGACCCUGGCCCGCGGCGUGCGAGCAUUGGCGCCCGCCACGCGCGGUGUCUACACCCGCGGGCUCCUCGGCGGCUCCCGGGAGGCGCGGGGCGGAUGCCGCGCGUGGGGUAGCCGCGCCGCCCUCGCCCGCCUCCCCGCAGCCGUCACGCGCGUGGCCACAGCCUUCACCCCCGAAGGGAGGACCGGGCGGCCGGGCCCCGCAGCCCCGCGCCGGGGAGGGAGCCCGACCCCAGCCCAGCUGCUCCGCCGCGCCCGUCCGCAGGACCCCGAGAGCCCGAGGCUCCACGGUCGUGGGGGAAGGCGCAGUGCUCUCCGCACCCUCCUCUGCCCCAGGCUCCUGCGGAAGGCGGGGAGAGCGGGGGCCGCAGCGGGAUCAGGGAAGCGGGCCGGGAGCCACAGGACCCGGAGUCCGGGGCGGUGAGGAGAAAACUCCCCAAGCCGGCCUCCUUCCCUCCUCUCGGGGGCACCGUCCCGCCACAGCUUCCUGCCCGGGAUCAGCUUCCCCGCUGCAGCCCGAGGAGAAGCCCCACUCCGCCCUGCAGCUCGGCAGGGACCGGCCUCCCGCGGGCCCUCGCGUGCCGCAGCCCCGCACGCCUGCUUACCGACAAGCCGCACCGCACGGGCCGUCCCGCUCCGCCGCCCGCCUCCCUCCGCUAGCUUUCAAAUUGAAAUUCCCUGGCUGGGGCCGGCGGCGGCCUCGGCGCGCACGCUCCGCCCCCUCGCGGCGGAAGCCCCUCCCGCAAGGCCGCCGGACGCGCCCCCCGGCGCGGAAACCCCCGCGGGCCGGCCAGCGCCACGCCCCCGCGCCGCGAGGGGCGGGCCUCCCCCACGCGGCCUGCCUCGAACCCGGGGCCGGGGGAGCCGCACCGGGACGGCCUGCCCAAGCCCGGGGCCCGCGGGAACCGCACCGGACGGCCUGCCUGGAACCCUGGGCCCCGUGGGAAACACUCUGGGACAGCCUGCCCAAGCCCGGGGCCUCGCAGGAACCCCUCGAGGACGGCCUGCCCCGACCCCGGGACCCGCGGGAACCGCUCCGGAAGGCUUGCCCCAAGCCCGGAGGCCCCGUGGGAAACACUCUGGGACAGCCUGCCCCGACCCCGGGAACCGCACCUGGACGGCCUGCCCCGCACGUGUGGCCUCACGGGAACUGCUCCGGGUAG